CCCCUCUUGAUGUGUCUUUGGAGUUUGAGAUCCGAUUUUCUUUUAAGCCUUUGCUAGUACUAACCUCAAGGGGGGAAUUCUUUUUUUUUUUUAGGUUUUCAUCCCAAUAGUAUUCUUGGGAGUCAUAAAUUCACCUGCCGCGUCUAGUAUUUCGGAAAUAUUUUUAUUUAUAAGGCAGAGGAGAGAGAGAGAGAGAGAGAGAGAGAGAGAGAGAGAGAGAGAGAGAAGUAAGCAGCAGCCGAGGCCGAGCUAUCUCUCUCUUUCCCUCACCCAGCUCUCAGAUCCAAAGCCGGAAGGAAAUCGCGCCAACAAAUCUUAGCCCUAGAUGCGCGCCACCGCCUGCUGCCGGCGCUGCUGCUACUGCUGCUUCUAGGAUUAUUCCCGCGAAGAUGCUGGGCGUCGAGCCCGACGGUGGCGGCCGCGGCGGCGGCACGUCCUCCUCCGCUGCAGAGAAUUUUGACGCCGGGCAGUACGCCUUCUUCGGGAAGGAGCCACUGGAGGGGUUCGAGCUCGGCGGCUUGGAGGACGCCAGCGGCGAUGGCAAUGGCAGUGGAUUCGUUGGGCCAGAAGAGGGGCUGUAUCGUCUCUCCUCAGUUGGAGAAGAGAUGGAUGAUCAGAGUAACUUGUCUGACAUUGAUGAUCUUGCAAGCACCUUUGCUAAGUUGAACCGAAGCAUUAGUGGGAUCCGGAAUCCUGGUGUUAUUGGGGACAGGCGAUCCAUUUCAAGAGGAAGUUCUUUAACUGUUGAUUGGACUGAAGAUGUAGAGUUUUCAAACUGGGUAGAUCAGGACGUAUUUGAAAAUGAGGAAUUCCAGGAAAGUAAAAGAUGGUGGUCAUCAAAUUCUUCAGUUCAGCAAGGGGACUCCAACUCCAGGCCACUAAGCCGAACAUCUUCCUAUCCUCAGCAGCCACUGCAGCACCGGUCAAGUGAACCUAUCGUUUUACCAAAGACCUCUUCAUUUACCUCCUUUCCACCACCAGCUGCUGGUGGUGGCAGAUCACCUUACCCUGCUCAAGGCCUUACACGUCAUGGGAGCAUUCCGUCAAUUGGUGCUGGGCUCCAAAUGGGUUCUCCGAGCAUGUCACUUUCUGCUUCUCCAUAUCAUAUGGUUGGACCAUCUCAUGGGCUACCAUACACAGGAGGCAUGCCGUAUGGUGCUCUCAACCUGCCUGUAAACAAUCCAAUGCAAAAUGAUUGGUCAAACCAAGCUAACCCUUUCACUGGGGAGCAUCUUAAUCUACUGCCCAACUUAUUACAUAAACAAUUAUCACUUCCUAAUAGCCCAAUGUCAUCACUCCUAUUUUCUCAGCAUCAGCAGAGAUUGGCGCAGAUCCAAUCAUCCCAUCAGAAUUACCCGAAUAUACCACCACACCUGUUAUAUCCCCAUCACUCUGCAGAGAUAACAGGCAGGUUUGAUUCUGUUGGCAGCUCCCAUUCAUCAAGAGACAAGAGAUCAAGGUCAGGGAGGGGAAAACAUAACAUUCGCUUCUCUCAACCAACAUCUGACACUGGUGGCCAGAAUGGUGAUAGUGGCGGCAUAAAGUUUAGAUCCAAGUACAUGUCAUCUGAAGAGAUCGAAUCAAUAUUGAGAAUGCAGCAUUCCGCAAGUCAUAGCAGUGAUCCUUAUGUCGUUGAUUACUACCAUCAAGCUUGUAUGGCUAAAAGGGGUGCCACUUCUAAGCAAAAGAAUAACUUCUCCCCAGCAUCAAUGAAAGACUUACCGUCCAAGUCUCGAUCCAGCAGUGAUCAGCACACAUAUCUUCAGGUUGAUGCUCUUGGAAGAGUAUCUUUCUCUUCCAUACGUAGGCCUCGAUCUCUUCUUGAAGUUGACCAUCCUUCAUCCGGUGAUGGCUCUCAUGAUCAGAAGUCCACUAUGAGGCCCCUGGAGAAAGAACCAAUGCUAGCAGCAAGAGUCACUGUGGAAGAUGCCCUUUGCCUUCUUCUUGAGGUGGAUGACAUUGACCGGCUGUUGCAGUCUAGCCAGUCACAGGACAACAAUUUCCAACUAAAGCGAAGACGGCAAGUCCUCCUUGAAGGUCUAGCUGCAUCACUUCAGCUUGUUGACCCUCUCGGACCCAGCAAAUCUGGUCAUUCAUCUGGGUUAGCUAUGAAGGAUGAUGUUGUUUUUCUUCGCAUUGUUUCUCUGCCCAAAGGACGUAAAUUUUUAGCACGUUACCUUCGGCUUCUUGUCCCUGGCAGCGAGCUGACCCGGAUAGUAUGCAUGGCUAUUUUUCGCCAUGUGAGGUUCUUGUUUGGGGGUUUGCCAUCAGACUCUAGUGCAGCAGAGACUACAGUUGCUCUUGCAAAGACUGUUACGUCUUGUGUGCAUCACAUGGAACUUGGUGCUCUUAGUGCCUGCCUUGCUGCUGUCGUCUGUUCAUCAGAACAGCCACCUCUCCGCCCUCUUGGUAGCUCUGCUGGUGACGGGGCUUCUCUAAUUAUUAAAUCAGUUCUGGAUCGAGCAACUGAGUUGCUGACUGAUCAUCAUGCUGCAGCCAGCUACACUGUGCCAAACAGGACUCUCUGGCAGGCAUCAUUUGAUGCUUUCUUUGGACUUCUGACAAAAUACUGUGUCAGUAAGUUUGAAAGUAUUCAGCAGAUGUUUGUCAUGCAGGCACCAAGCCCAGUAAUUGGACCUGAGGCUUCCAAAGCUACUAGUAAGGAGAUGCCUGUUGAGCUACUUCGUGCAAGCCUUCCUCAUACAAAUGAGCAGCAACGCCAGAGGCUUCUUGAUUUUGCUCAGAGAUCCAUGCCAGUAACAGGUUUCAAUCCCCAAGGUGCUAGGGGUGGGCACAUCACUUCAGAAUCUGUUCCUGGUUGAUGUAACUGAAAGAGAGACACAAGGGCCAAAAUUCAAUGCUGUAAAACAUUGAUGCGGAUGGUCUUCAGAUGGUAAUUCUUGUAUCUGAAGACAUGCAUGCCCCGUCAUAAGUUGUGAGCAAGCUUGGAGAAGUUCCAUUGGCUCAGGAAAUUAGCCUUCACUUCAGGUUGUGACGUAAGUUUAGGUUUCAGAGUAAUCAAAUAGACCAACAAUCUCCCUUCUGUGGGUCAUUUAAUAUAGCACCCACCUGAUGAUUAUAACUAUGCAUGUACGUACCUAUACUGUUGUAACUCUGUGCAGUGUUGAAACUGGUGGUCAUGGGGCAAUUUAGUUUUUAACAUUUAUCUGCUCCAGCAAAGAAGACCAAUAGUGGGCGUAGUUUUUAGCCUACGAAGAAGACAUCCAAGGGGCAGGCUCAUUUGCAUCCCUAGCAGUCUAGCAGUGGUUGUACAGGUUGGGUUGUCAGGGGCUUUCUGCCUGUUCUUUUUUACGUGUGGAAGGUGCCCAGUAUCAGGUGUCAAAUUGUGGUCUGGUGUCUUGUUUACUUCAGUUAGAGAAAAAUGUGUACGAAUAAUGGAGUCCUCUUGUUAGGCUUCUGAAAAGAUACUUUUCUUCUAGUUGCCCUCCAGCCUUCCUUCUAAGGUUUCAGGAUAGUGCAUGAUCCAGAUACCCACUGAUAUUGUUGUAGUGGAAUUCUGGAACCUAAAGUGUACCGUUACUAUACAUUUCUACACUUGAUGUUCUUCAUAGGUCA